AUGUCUACAGAAGAGUUGCUGCAACGGUAUCAAGGUCAUAUCGUGCCUCAGAGUUACAAUGCUGGCUUCGUUGCCCUGAGUUAUGUCGUCAGCCUGGUCGGCGCUGGUUCAACCCUCGAGCUCAUCAAUCGAAGAACAGGUUUAAGGGGUCUGUUCAAUCACCUCCUGCUCAUGAGCUCAGCGGUUACCAUGGGUGGAGUAUCUAUUUGGUGUAUGCACUUCAUCGGAAACAGAGCCAUUGAUCUUGCCGAUGGCCAGCCUGAAUUGCAGGUUGCCUAUUCCAGCGGCUUCACUGCUAUAUCUUUCUUCGUCCCCAUAAUAGUUCUUCUCGCUGCCUUCAUGGCCGUUGGCACCAACAACGUCGUUUCUUGGUGGAGGCUUGUCGCAGGUGGUGUACUCUGCGGGACUGCGGUCUGCGGGAUGCACUACCUUGGCAAUGCUUCUAUCAACAACUAUACGUGCGUGUACCAGCCGUCAUACGUCAUCGGAUCGGCUAUCAUCGCCAUUGUUGCAAGUAAUGUGGCAUUGGCCAUGUUUUUCGUGUUUCGGUCGAUGUGGGCGAAUGCCUGGUGGAAGCGAGUCAUCUCAGCCGUUGUCCUCGCCGGUGCCGUGUCUGGGAUGCACUGGUGCGCUUCUGUGGGCACCCGUUAUCGACUGAAGGGCAUCAAGCCCAACGGCAACGAGCCAUCGAGGACAGGGACCGUCGUUGUUGUCAUUUGUUUGUCAUUAGGAGCCUGCUUCAUCAUUGCCACUUCGGCUAUUCUUCGAGCUAGGAACAUGAGAAGGUCCGCCCUUCGUGCCCAGCAGAUCACCCUGGCAGCAGCGGUCUUCGAUAAAGCAGGAAGGAUUCUCGUUGACCCUGAUGGAUACAUCCCAAGUACCGUGGUGACUGAUUCUUUCCUGGAAAAGGAUGCCAAGGAGGGUUUUAAUACCGGCCACCCGCUGUUCCAUUGGAUGUACCAAGCAUCAAGAAACUGGAACAUGAUAUGGAGCCUUGUUGGGGGAAUGAGACAACAUGUGUCACAACUUCCACAUUCCCACACUCAUAAAGAUGGGCGACGAGGCAUCCAGCUUGUGAGCGAACACGGCGAGACUAUCGACAGCUAUGACAUGAUAUUUAGAGAGCUUUUUUGUCUCGCCGCAGCUGCUCUUGCUGAUAGACUUCGGGAGGACUUGGCAUCCAUCGGAGUCUUGUGGGAUCAAAUUCUGCCGACAGGUGCCAACGGUAGACGGCCUCGGCCCCAACUGCGCAAGCAGUCAAAUGCUGGGACAGGCUUGGAAGGCAGUGACGCUAACGAGGAGGUUCAGAACAGCCUGGACAUUACGGAGAAGGGCCUGCAUAUGGAGAACCACGACUAUGGGCGCGGAUCUCUGAUGUUCCUUGUCCGCCGUUCCGAGUCGGUUCGCGAUACUGAGCGGCUAAUAUCCACUGGAUAUCGGUUUGCCGAGUUGCAUCAAGUCAGCGACCUCAUCAAAUCGAGUAUGCAGAUCAAAACCCAUGACUUUGAGACAAAACUGAGGGAGAUGGCUACAUAUACAAGUGAACACAAUCACAUUCGCCAAGGAACCCACCUGGGCUUCUUUGCUGUCCGAGCUCGUGUCAGUUCUGGCUUCGAAGUCUUGGUGAGGAAAGGCGCACGCCAUUUGCUCCCAUCGAUGCCCUUCCCUUUUGAGAAUCUUGAAGACUGGCAAAUGCACUACCUCAGGAGGUUCGAGAACGUGCCAGUAUCCAAGAUCGUGGAGAAGUGCAAGGAAGACUCUCAACGGAGUGAUCGAGAAGCUGAGUUCGCUGGGCAGAUUGCAGACACCAUCAAAGCGUUGCGCGAAUCGACACAGGAGCCCUUGCUCGAGGAUGCACUUCUCACAUCCACAGCAUUCCGCAUACCUUGUCGUGGGGAUGAGAAGCGAUUGGAGGCAACCAUGAUAGCUGUGAGACUGGUGAUUCCCAUUCAUUCCGUACUAUCAAGCCCCAACUGCGAGUUUGUUCCCCUCAGCUUUUUCAGAAUGCGUCAGGUAUCAACCCAGUCCUAUCAGGAGUUUACUCGAGGGCUGCACCAGGAGUUUGGGCACAUCGCGAAGACGGCGAAGCGUCAAGAGGGCUCCCAAGACAAGAUCGGCCCCUCCUUGUCCAGUCGGUGGCCGUUCGGGCGAUCAGAGACGACUCGAAGUUUACGAACUAGAGCAAAGUCGCUCUCAAGAAUAUCUGGGCACGUUGUAUCAUCAAAUGACUCGGCGAGGUCCAGCUCGACCAUCAACCUUUGCUCGCCAGGGACUAACGCACGAAGGCAGUCAAUCGACUCAGGGGAAGGAUCGAGCACAUACGUCCCGCGACAGGAGCCACUACAAGCAACUCCAUCAUAUGGCGGCAUCAUGGUGUUUCAAGAGAUUACUGUAGAUGUACAAGAAGGAGGUGAGACGGCUGCAAGGAAGCCAAGUCAUGGUUCUGAGGCCGACACAAUAACGAUUGAGAGGACAAUAUCCAAACCGCCAGCUGCAGCAGGUAUCGAGCUGCAGUCGAUGGGGCAUUUCGGCGCCAACGAUAUUGGCACCCAGUUAUCCAACGAUAUCGAGGCUGGUAAAGGGGGGCACAGCUAUGUUACGUGUUUUGUUGAUAUCCUGUUUGCGAAGACGGUUGAGAGUCGCUAG